AUGAGCAGCAGCGAUAGCUUCAAGCAGAGCUCGCAAAGUGUUUCUAGUGGUGGUGGUGAUGGUGGUGGUGGUGGUGGUGGUGGAAGCAGUGGUGGCAAUGGAAAUGGAGAUGAUGGGCAUCAUGGACACAACACUAGUACCAGUGGUGGGUCUUCUUCCAUCUCUAGAAGAAACACCUCCACUGCGAGAAGCAGCCAAGGAUUUUUCGGUGGAAGUUAUUCUGGAGGAAGACCUGGAGGGGGAAUAUGCCAUAGUAUAUCAGGAGGAUUUAGUGGUGGCAGUAGCUAUGGUGGUGGCUUUGGAGGGGCUGGUUUUGGUGGUGGCGCUAGAGGUGGCAGCUUGGGUGGUGGCUUUGGAGGGGCUGGUUUUGGUGGUAGCUAUGGAGGAGGCAGCUUAGGCGGUGGCUUUGGAGGGGUUGGUUUCAGCAGUGAUGAUGCUGGAUUCCUCUCCAACAAUGAGAAGAGCAUCAUGCAGAGCCUCAAUGAUCGCUUGGCCUCUUACCUGGACAAGGUGCGAAGCUUGGAGGAAGAAAACAAUCAUCUAGAGUCCUUAAUUAGAGAGUUGUACCAGAAGCAUGAACAGAGUACUGAACCGAAGGAAUACAGCCAUUACUAUGAUGAUAUUGACAAGCUCAUCAAUGAGCUGAUUUCUGAGACGACAGAUAGUAACAAGAUCAUGCUGGAAGUGGAUAACACCAGGAUGGCCGCUGAGGAUUUCAAGAUAAAAUACGAGACUGAACGUGGUCUGCACCAAACUGAAGAGGCUGAUCUUCAAGGCUUGCGUCCUCUUUUGGAUAAGCUGACCUUCGAGAAAUCCGAUCUGGAGAUGCAAUACGAGACCCUCCAAGAGGAGCUGACGCAUCUUAUAAAGAACCAUGAUGAAGUAAAGAAGGAUUUGCAGCACCAGUCUGGUGGGGAUGUCACUGUUGAGGUCAAUUCUAAUCCUGGCCAGGAUCUGAAAAAGACCCUGGAUAACCUGAGACAUGAAUACGAAGAGAUCAUUGAGAAAAACCGUAGGGAGGUUGAACAAUGGUAUGACGCCAAGAUUGAUGAAGUUCAUCAGCAAAAUAAUUCAAGCAGCCAGGAGAUUGAGUCUGGGAACAGCCAACUGACAGAGCUCUCUCAGGAAUAUCAGACACUGGAGACUGAGCUGCAAACCCAGCUUCGCGUGCUCGAGUCUUUACAAAACAACCUGGACAACACAGAAGGAGGAUACAACGUGCAGUUACAACAGUUUGCGGGCCUGAUCGAGCCGCUGGAAGCCGAGCUGGCCAAUAUCAAAUGCGAGAUCAUGAGUCAAAACCAGGAAUAUCAAACGCUCCUUGGUGUCAAGACCCGCCUGGAACAGGAGAUCUCCCAGUACCAUCAGUUGCUUGAGCAUGGAAAGCACCUUGCGGCCAGCAUAGAGCAAGGUGGAUAUGAUGGAGGAAGAGGAGGUGGAUCAUUUGGGGGAAGCUCAGGAGGAGGAAGAGGACAAGGAGGAAGUUCUAGAGGAGGAGGAGGAGGAAGUGGAGGAGGACAAUCAUAUGGUGGGACUUCAUAUGGAGGAGGCUCUGGAGGAAGAAGAAGUGAAGGAAGAGGACAAUCAUCUGGUGGGAUUUCACAAGGAGGAGGUUCUGGAGGAAGAGGAGGAGGAAGUGGAGGAGGACAAUCAACUGGUGGGAUUUCAUAUGGAGGAAGUUCUGGACAAAGAGGAAGUGGAGGAGAACAAUCGCCUGGUGGAAUUUCUCAAGGAGGAAGUUCUGGAGCAGGAGGAGGAGGAAGUGGAGGAGGACAGUAUGGUGGGAUUUCACAAGGAGGAAGUUCUGGAGGAGGAGGAGGAAGUGGAGGAAGAGGACAGUCAUCUGGUGGGAUUUCACAAGAAGGAAGUUCUGGGGGAGAAAGUGGAGGAGGACAACAUGGUGGAAUUUCACAAGGAGAAAGUUCUGGACGAAGAGGAAGUGGAGGACAAUCGCCUGGAGGAGGAGGAAGUGGAGGAGGACAGUAUGGUGAGAUUUCACAAGGAGGAAGUUCUGGAGGAGGAGGAAGUGGAGGAAGAGGACAGUCACCUGGUGGGAUUUCACAAGGAGGAAAUUCUGGAGGAGAAAGAGGUGAUAGUCAUUGACAGUCUUCCUCCUCAUCUUCAUCCCAUUCUCAGUCUGGAGAGCAAGGUUAUUCACGAAGGGGCUAAGUCAUUGCGGACACCAGCAUCUCCCUCUUCCAACAAAUCCUUCCAAGUCAAACUAUGGAUUAAGCAAGGGCAUCUACUAUGCCAAAAGCGAGAUUUUUCUUCCAAUUCAC